AUGGCAGUCGCGUUCACCGUGUUGCACUCGUCAAUCGCCGAGCACGCCGAACAGAAUGCCAACUAUGGUAAGAAAUCUGGUGGUUGGAACUCUACAACUACCCCGACUGCUGGUUCGGGUUGGUCGAGACAAUCUUCUAUGAGUAGGAAGCAGUCAGUAGUUGAUGCUAACGAGUUGACUUCAGCUACUUCAGGACUUAAUAUAACUAAAUCAUCUACAACUAGAGUUAUAAGGAUCAUCAAUAAUUUCGAUCACACAGUACAGUGUCGAGUUCUACUUAAUUUGCGAACCACCCAACCUUUCGAAGAGGUCAUUGAGGAUUUAGGACAUGUGCUCAAAAUGAACAAUGCUAAACGCAUGUUAACCGUGUCUAAUCAAGAAGUUCGUAGUUUUUCACAACUGAGAAAUGAAUUUUCGGACGUUGACACAUUUUACAUUACGUCUGAGUCACGUGUACUAUCACCGCCAUUCAGAAGAUCACGAUCCAGAGGGGCAUUAGCGGUUGAACCGAUUAUAAAUACAGUUCCUACAAAGGCGGAGAAACAAAGGAGAGCAAGAAGCAAAAGCCGACCUCGUGCACUAUACGCAGCCGAUACAGAUAUUGUUAAAGUUCCUCCAGAUUAUACAGUUUUGGACGUGAUGAAAGAAGAACCAAUACGCGUGCAGAUAAGAGGAGCAAGAAAAACAUUUUUUCCUCCAAUGGUCCAUUCUCCCUCAGAUGAUUCACCUCCAGAUAAAAGAUUAACUUUAAAUUGGGUUUACGGUUAUCGAGGCGUCGAUACGAGAAGGAACUUGUGGGUAUUGCCUACCGGAGAACUUUUGUAUUACGUUGCGGCUGUGGCCGUGCUUUAUGAUAGGGAUGAAGAAUCACAAAGGCAUUAUAUCGGACACACUGAAGAUAUUCAAUGUAUGGACAUACAUCCUUCCAAGGAAAUGGUUGCUUCGGCUCAAAAAGCUGGUAGAACACGAAAAACACAGGCUCACAUUAGGAUCUGGAGUCCUGAAACUCUGUAUACUCUGUACAUAGUUGGUAAUGGCGAAUUUGAAGAAGGAGUCAGUGCAUUAGCAUUUUCACAACUCACUGGAGGAAAUUAUUUAUUAGCUGUCGAUUGUGGAAGAGAAAAAAUGUUAUCUGUGUGGCAAUGGCAAUGGGGACAUUUAUUGGGUAAAGUUGCUACAAUGCAAACUGAAGACAUACUGGGUGCGUCUUUUCAUCCUUUAGACGACAAUUUAAUGAUAACUUAUGGGAAAGGCCAUUUGACGUUUUGGACCAGACGGAAGGAUGGGUUUUUCGAAAAAAUUGAUAUUAUAAAAGCACCUUCGAGGACGGUAGUUACGAGCUUACAGUUCGAACAAGAAGGGGACGUAAUUACGGCGGAUGGCGAUGGAUUUAUUACAAUUUACUCUGUAGACAGCGAUGGCGCGUAUUAUGUCAGGAUGGAAUUCGAGGCACAUAACAAAAGCAUAAAUGCUCUUAUAAUGCUACCGGAAGGCACUCUAUUAUCCGGGGGUGAGAAAGACCGUAAAAUCAUAGCUUGGGAUUCAUUACAAAAUUACAAUAAGAUAACUGAAACAAAAUUAACUGAAGUUUAUGGUGGUGUAAGAAGCCUAUACCCUCAACGGCCAGGAAGAAACGACGGUAACAUAUACGUAGGCACAAUAAAAAAUCAUAUUCUAGAAGGAUCAAUGCAAAGGAGAUUUAAUAGAAUAGUAUUUGGCCAUAGUAAACAAUUGUGGGGAUUAGCAGUCCAUCCCGACGAUGAACUUUUUGCUACCGCAGGUUACGAUAAAAAUAUAAGUCUAUGGAAAAGGCAUGCUUUACUGUGGAGUACUCAAAUCACAUAUGAAUGUGUAUCACUUACCUUUCAUCCAUUUGGUACGGCUCUUGUGGCUGGUUCAGUAGAAGGAUAUUUGGUUAUCAUAAAUGCUGAAAACGGGUCUGUGGUGUCAAGCGUUAGAGUGUGCGGUUCUGCUUUGACGUGUAUGGGUUUUAAUCCAGCCGGAGAUACAAUAGCCGUUGGUUCUCAAAAUGGUAGUGUAUAUCUGUAUCGAGUCAGUAGAGACGGAUUCACUUUCAAAAAAUCUAAUAAAAUUAGAGGAGUCCAACCAUUGGUGCAUUUAGACUGGAGUACGGAUGGAAAUUAUCUACAAACAGUCACUGCCGAAUACGACCUCGUUUUUUGGGAUGUCAAAGGAUUGAUACAAGAAAAAAGCGCACCUGCAAUGAAGGACGUCAAAUGGUAUACCUAUAACGCAACCAUAGGCUACUUAGUUUCUGGUAUUUGGCACAACAGAUAUUAUCCAAUUUCAUCAAUGAUAAGCACUGCCAACAGAUCAUCAGCCCAUGAUCUUUUUAUAACCGGAGACACAGAUGGACAUCUUAGGUUAUUUAGGCAUCCGUGUAUUCUUACCAAAUCCGAAUACAACGAAGAAAAGGUUUAUAGUGGACAAGUAUCGAGUGCUAGAUUUUUGUACAACGAUAGAAACGUGGUGACAGUCGGUGGAACGGAUGCGGCUCUUAUGCUAUGGGAUGUCAUAGAAGAUUAA